AUCCUAUCUUUUGGGUAAAUACUCCUGGUGGUAAUGUUAGUUAUUUUAAUCUUAGCACAACACCUGCCUUAGCUGGAAUUGGUAUUGCUUUCUCAUUAGCUAUGUUAGAACCUUGUGGUAUCAUUCUACCUCAUAUACAUCCUCGAGGUUCCAAGGGUAUCUACAGUAUCACUGGAAAAUCACUUCUUGCUGGUUUCAUCCAAGAAAACAAGGCACAACUUAUUCUCAAUACAAUUACUCGAUGCCUACAACUAUGGAGACCCUGGUCUAUUAACACUCGGUUUGAAUAUAUUUCGUUUUCCUGA